AUGUUUGCGACGCGCCGCCUCCUGCAGGCGUGCCGCAUCACGCUCUUCUCGCGCGACAACUGCGGCCUGUGCACGAACGCAAAGGGCGUCCUGUCCGACGUCUGGGACAAGCGGCCGUUUGUGUUUCGCGAGGUGAACCUGGCGCUGCCCGAGUCUAAAUCCUGGCGGGAGCUGUACGACUUUGAUAUACCCGUGAUUCACAUCAGCAGGGCAGAGGCGCGAGAGGAACAAGUCGACGCGGCCGGCAAGGCCGUCAAAUUAAUGCACAGGUUCACGCCUGAGCAAGUCGAGGCCAAGAUGGACCAGGUCGAGGAGAGCUAG